GAUUGUGCCACACCUUUGGACUGCCUCCAAAAACAUGAAGCAUGGGCUUUGGUCAAGAGCUUCAGCAUCACCCACUGCUCACCCAUCACUCAGUGGCUCAAACAUCUGCAGUUCAGGGUGACUUCCCAUCUCAACAGCUUCUCGUCUCAGGAAUUUCCAGACAGCACUAAGGGGGGUUGGUGUUCAAGCAGAAGUGACAAAAUACAGUGUGAAAAAACAGUGCUGGGGGACUGUGCUGGCUCAGUACAUGGAAUCACAGAGGUUUUCCCUCCCUUUAGGAUUGCCAAGGGCUACCAGAAUUCCCCCGACCUGCGGCUGACGUGGCUGCAGAACAUGGCAGGGAAACAUUCCGAGAGGAGCAACCACGCCGAGUCCGCCCAGUGCCUGGUGCACUCUGCAGCCCUGGUGGCAGAGUACCUGAGCAUGCUGGAGGACAGGAAAUACCUCCCUGUGGGCUGUGUGACAUUUCAGAACAUAUCUUCCAAUGUUUUGGAAGAGUCAGCAGUUUCUGAUGAUGUUGUGUCUCCAGAUGAAGAAGGAAUCUGUUCUGGGAAGUAUUUUACAGAAGCUGGUCUGGUGGGAUUGCUGGAACAGGCUGCAGCAUCUUUCUCCAUGGUAGAAGACUUUCAUUUCUUUACCUCCCUUCUCUAUCAACCUCACACUGCUGGGCAGUAGGAAGAAAAAUGU